CUGGAGAGGGUGAGGAAGGGAGGGCGAGUCCCGGCCCGGGAGGAGGGGCGAGGCCCGUGUCCACCUCCUGCUCCGCUGGGCCGCUUUGAGAGGAGCCCGAGCCGGGACAAAACACGCCCAGAGCGACAGGCACAGAGUCGGGGUCCACGCGGGCGCUGGCGGCCGGGAGGGGCGCGGGCGGCAGGCGCAGGCAGUGAGCCGGUGGCGGGCGGCGCCCCGAGCCGGGGCUGGGCACGUCGGCCCUAGGGCCGCGGCGGCGGGGACAUGCCGAAGAAAGUCCCCUGAACCGCAGCCUGGGCCCCCAGCCGCCCGCGCCCCCAAGUCGGUGGCCGCGCUCUCCGCACGCGGAUGGUGGCCCUUCCCCAGCGCCGGCGGGCGGUGCGCGGCGGCGGCGCCGGCGAUGAGGCAGCAGCAGCUCGGCGGAGGCGGUGGCGGCGGCGCGGGGUCCUGGCCCCGCGGGGCCCCUCCGGGGGGUUCCGGCCCGGGCCUUGGCGGCUGGAGGCGCCGGGCCUUCCCGCUGCCGUGCCCGCGUUUCUCCCUCCGGGACUACGGCCUCUGCAUGGCCGCCCUGCUGCUCUUCUGCCUGGGAUCGCUCUGCUACCAGCUGGGCGGAGGACCCCCACGCUUCCUGCUCGACCUGCGCCAGUACCUAGGCAAUUCCACUUACUUGGAUGACCACGGACCCCCUCCGAGCAAGGUCCUGCCUUUCCCGAGCCAGGUGGUCUACAACAGAGUGGGCAAGUGUGGGAGUCGGACCGUGGUCUUGCUUCUGAGAAUCUUGUCAGAGAAGCACGGAUUCAAUUUGGUCACCUCAGACAUUCACAACAAAACCAGGCUUACUAAAAAUGAACAAAUGGAAUUGAUUAAAAAUAUAAGUACUGCCGAACAACCUUAUUUAUUCACCCGACAUGUUCACUUCCUCAACUUUUCAAGGUUUGGAGGAGACCAGCCCGUCUACAUCAACAUCAUCAGAGACCCCGUCAACCGGUUUUUAUCCAACUACUUUUUCCGUCGAUUUGGAGACUGGCGAGGGGAGCAGAAUCACAUGAUCCGCACACCCAGCAUGCGGCAGGAGGAGCGCUACCUGGAUAUCAAUGAGUGUAUUCUUGAAAACUAUCCCGAGUGUUCCAACCCCAGGUUAUUUUACAUCAUUCCGUAUUUUUGUGGACAGCAUCCCAAAUGCAGGGAGCCUGGUGAGUGGGCCCUUGAAAGAGCAAAACUGAACGUGAAUGAAAACUUCCUGCUUGUGGGGAUUCUUGAAGAGUUGGAAGAUGUGCUGCUUUUACUGGAAAGAUUUUUACCUCAUUACUUCAAGGGUGUGCUCGGUAUCUACAAAAACCCAGAGCACAGGAAGCUCGGAAACAUGACUGUGACCGUCAAGAAGACAGUGCCCUCCCCCGAGGCUGUGCAGACCCUCUACCAGCGGAUGAGGUACGAGUAUGAGUUCUACCACCACGUCCGGGAGCAGUUCCACCUGCUCAAGCGCAAGUUUGGACUCAAGUCCCACAUGGGCCAGCCCCCUCCAAGACCACAGUUCUUCAUCCCUACCCCACUGGACACUGAGGAGCCCAUCAAUGAGGAGGAGCAAGAUGAUGAGAAGUGGUUAGAAGAUAUUUAUAAGAGGUGAUGCAAGCAGUGCACUGCCUCCAAUUUCCAGAAAGUUUUUGGUUUGGUGGUGGGGGGUGGAGGGGCAGAAAUGUCCUUAAAAUGACUAAAUUAAUGCUCAGCUGCAUUAAAAAGAACAAAACAUGCCCACACGUUGGGGUCAUUGGGAGAUGCCCGGUUUUGCGGGUUCCAUUUGUUUAAUUCUAUGAUGGGUUUUUCUUGGCUCCAUGGGUUGUUCCCUGGUAUACUAGAUGGCUUCAUCUCAAAACAUCUCAUCAUAAAAUAGCUUUCUUACCCUGGUAUCAUGGGGGGAGGGAGAGAAAUAGAGUCCAUAGCCCAAUAACUUAUCAUUUGCAAAAUGGCUUGUGAAAAUAUUACCUCAGUGGUAGGGGACACCCACAUGUGUAUAUUUCACUAGAAAUACAAAACCACUUUGGAGACCAAGGGAUCUGCUCUGGAAGGAUCGUGGCAGGUGAGGUAAGCCAGGGAGGUCAUCAGAGUGGUCUCUACCCACACGGAUAGAAUUCUGCCUCUGGUCCACCUCAGAGGACAGCUUCACCAAGAGCAGUUCUUAUCUUUGAAAGAGCAAGUUAGCAUGUACCACGUCCCCAAACAAUCCAACACCUCAAGCACCUUUCAAGGGUCAAAGUGCAUGGCAAGCUCCACUGAGACACCCCAUUUCCAAGCAGGGACAAGAGUGUUUGUGAUGUAAGGAGGAGUGUAGGCAAGACAGAUGAAAUCUGGAGGUCACAAGGCAUUAGGGAAAGGGUGUGAGUGUGUUCUUUCCACCCAAUAGGAAGCCCCCAGAGCUUAUUUAUCUCUGGCACUUGACUCUGUGGCAGAAAAUUCUAAGCUUGGCCACAGACAGUGCAUAAUCUAUCAAGCCCCAAACCAAGCUGGGCCCUGUAAAAUAUCAGGCACACCCCUGAACCAAGCUGGCCCCACCACCAAACCAGACUGGCCCCAUAAUCUUAUCAGGCACACCCCAGAACCAAGCUGAGCCCCACAAUGCCUGAGAUCCUUCACCUUCCAGUCCUGUAAGAGGCACCUGCCUUCAGUAAGAAGAGACACUGAGUUCUGUGCAGGCAACAGUAGAACUAGAAUCCCAUUACUUAGGGAACCGGCUCACUCUGGAGAACCCUCACUAGGAACAUCAGGAAGAGAAGAAGCAAGAGCUUCUUGGUAAGAGACUGCUUGGCCAACUUGUUGAGUACAUGGCCAUCCCCAGUGUGAUCUGAAUAGAUGUUGGGCAGUUACACUGCUCCAAAAUAUCUCUUACCCCCUUCUUCCACCCCCAUGACCUCCUGCCUAUCAGUGAUGCUUUGGUUGAAUCAUCAGAAGUCAAUUACUUGGGAUUCUGAAAUAUUUUCACCUUUAAAAAGAACCCCUGGAAAAUCUACAUACCCCUGGGUAGGUCAUGGACAGCUGGCCAAGUAGCAAGGCACAGGGCACAUUGGAGGCAGGCAGGGUACGGCACAGCAGAGUUUAUCUACUUCAGCUUCGUGCCCUCCAGCCAGCCCUUCAAGAGUUCUAGCAAAGGGUGAGUUGGAAAUGUUUCAUAGUAAAUGAGACUGACUUUACACAGCCAUACGUUUUCUACUUUUCAGAAACCAACAAGUCUCGUUAGAAUUUUUUUGUCCUUCACUGAAAUUGGACAGUAGCCAAGAUAGAAAGCAAGUCAUUUGGAACCUGUCAGGUGUGCACUAAAGCUACUUUAUCUUGAGGUGUUCUCAGGAGGCUCUGCCCCACAGGAAGCCAGAGGCACAAACCCAGCCCUUGGCCACUGCGGGCCUCCUUCUGCCCCAGAGGACAUGUUGGUAGAAGAGGAAAUGUUCUUUGUCCUGUUUAGAAAGACCAGGGCCUAUGGUUAGGCAUGCCUACAAAGCAACUCAGAGAGCCACGAUCCUGCUAACAGCAGGAACCAGAAUGGUGGCCCGUUAGUUGUAUCAUUUCUAUGAAAUUACAUAUAAAGAAUGAUGAUUAGUUCACACACUGUGCAAUCUCAUCAUCUGAAAAUAAAGUUGAGUUUCAAUAUAAAGCGAAGGAAAGGCUGAGUUUUCUCUACUGUGGUCAGAACGUAAGAUGAUUGAUCAUUUAAAAAAUUCACCUUCCACAAGUUCACAUGGGCGUUCUACCUGUGUGCUCAAAGACAUUUAUUUUCAGCAGUGAUCAUUUUAUAACCUAACAACAAAAGAUGCUGACUGAUUUCCUUGCCAAUUUUAUUUUGACCCAACAAACAGCCUCUAGGUUUCGCCUCUUCUGCCUGGAAGUCAAGGCACUUCAUCAAUUUAUUUGGCUCAUGUGACAAAGUUUCUUUGACUCUGGGCCCGGAACCCACUUUGUACGUCAUGAAAUAUAUUGUACAUUUUACAUAGUUUAAUUUAAAAAACACAUUUUAAGCUGGUUGAUCUUUGACUGCCUUAUUUAUUAUAACCUUUCAGCACAUUCCAAGGUUUUAGUUACUCAGGAAGGAGUUAAUUAAAAUGAUUUUAUUUUGGCCUGAUGGAUGUUUUUUAAAAGGAAAAUUAUCAUGAACCUUCAGCCUACUUUCCUUGAGUGCCAUAAAAGUGCUUUGUGAAUCUUUUUUUUAAAGAAGAAAGAAAAAAUAUGGUGUUUGACAUCAAUGGAAAUUCAAAAAUAUAUAUGAACUGAAACAUUAGCUUAGCUAAAAUAAAAGCAAUCUGUGUUUGAGAUAAA